AACAAAUCUACACAUAAUCACUAGGAUUACUUAUAUGCGAUAUUAUUGGAGGCGUAAGGAAAGGAAAUCGGGAAGACGCGAAGAGGGCAUGAGAGUAGCGUGUGUGCAGUGUCCAAGGGUGGAGAGAGUCGCUCAUCGUUUAUAUUACAACUUACAAUUGCUAUAAAUAUUUGCUAUAAACUCGCAGCCUGGUCUUGAUUGUCUCUCGGUUCCCCGCGUCGCGUGAUUUUCGAGUUAAUUUCAAGAAGUCGCGAGGUGGAAGGGUUUAGAAUUUCAAAUCCAAGAUGGCGGCGCGCCCAGCCGGCGACAAGAAACCCGCGUGUUACGGCGAUAUCUUGAAACGUGACUCUCUAAAGUUAAAAGCUUAAUAUUUGUAUAAUAUAGAAAUUUGUCAGUUUUAGGAAAAUACUUAACCCGAAAUGAGAACUCUCAGUUAAUGUCUAUUAGACAAAGGUUUCCGACACGAAAUGCGUGGUUUGAAAUUUGAAAUUUGAAAUCCAAGAUGGCGGCGGCGCGCGCGCCGAGGAACUCUCGGCCAUCUCUCGUCUUUGUCGUGUAUCGUUCUAGAGACGUAAGUAAGACAAGGACGUGAAAGUGGGGGUCGAUCAAGUGCGCAUGUGGAGUUGCACGAGGCAAUCGCAAAGGCUUGAAAGUGAACUUGAAAGUUAAAAUCCGUUGAGUUUAGAGCAGUUUCGGACAGUUUUGUAUGAGCACUCGACUCGAGAAGAACUUGGGUCGCUCGAACAAAAACUACGCAGUGAAGAUGAGGUUCCAAGCCGCAGACAGAAGCCGAAAAUCUAGGAGCGAUGUGCUGGAUAAUUUCUCGACAUUUACAUCUAUACUCGCUGCUAAAUGUACUCUCCUGGAUAUCUGGUUGCUUCUGAAAGCCAGACGCCUCAUCGAAGUAAUCGGAAAGGGUUCGCUACUGCUCGUGAACCUUCUUUGGCCGAUUCUGAAAGUUAUAUUCAUCAUCGGAUUGAGCACCGGUGCAGUGCUGGGGUACAUGUUUGGCCAUUCUUAUGCCAACUUCCCAUCACAUGAAUGGAACAUCGAUAUGGUACAAGCUUCUCCUGGCCUGUCUUUGAAGUCUAUUUUUCUAAUCGACUCUUUGACCCAAGACCCCAGGACCGAUGUUAUAGAGAAGGAAAUAAACGCAUUACGAAGCAAGACUGCCUACCUGGAAAGAUCUCUGCAAAAAAUGGCGUUGCUGCUUCGCAUGCAAUACCUAGAGAAGAUUCAAGAGGACCGUGAUCUGGCAGACUUCGCAUCAGAGACAGCUGGGGCUGCUGUUUUGAAUACUCCGGACACGGAAUCUUUUUACCAAGACCAUGGACAAGUCACUUUGUUCGGAAUCCCUAUCUUCAAAACCUCGUUCAUCUCUCCGCGCAAAGUGAUCCAAGCAUGGAGCCAACCCGGGGAAUGUUGGGCUUUUCAAGGAUCCUUUGGCAAGAUAGAGAUUCAACUGGCCCACAUCGCUCUCAUUGACCGAGUCACCAUAGAACACAUUCCAGCAUCGGCUUCUGUAACCGGCUCAAUUGAUUCUGCACCGAAAGAUUUUAAGAUUCUCGCACGCCUGGACAAUGAUUAUGAAUUGAUCGGGACCUUUCUCUACAACAUAAACGGGCCUGCAACUCAAAGCUUUAAGGUUGAGAACGAUAAGGUACGUGACAGACCGUUUCAAAUAGUAAUGUUGGUUGUAACCUCAAAUUGGGGCCAUCCCGAAUACACGUGCCUAUACAGAUUCAGAGUUCACGGCAAGAUCUUUGAUCACGACGAUCAGUUGAAAAACAUGAUUUAGUCGUAUCAAUGGACUCUCGAAG